AUGUCAUCCCUUGAAUAUCUUAAAAAUAAUUCACUGAUGAAAAAAUUUCCAAGCUUCCGUAAUGACUUUGUAAACGGUUGUUGGAAGUGGAUAGAAGGAAAGAAAAUAGAUGACAAUGCAGCUGGGUUGUGGCGAGUUCAUGACAAAUUAUAUGACUUGACAGAUUUCAUACCCAAACAUCCAGGAGGCAGAGCGUGGCUGGAAAUCUCAAAGGGUACAGAUAUUACAGAAGCAUUUGAGUGCUAUCAUUUAUCAUCCAGACCGCGUGAUGUUUUGGAAAACUACUGUGUCGGUGUGGCAACACAAGAACGGAACUAUCGUUAUACAUUCGAUGAUAAUGGAUUUUAUAGAACUUUAAAGAGAGAAAUUGGACAGAAAAUGAAGAGUGUCGAUAAAAGUGUAGAAAUAAAACCAAAAAUAAUUCACGACAUUACUCUUGUUGCUUUUUUGAUGUCUGUCGUGUUUGUAAGUCAAGUUCAACCGAAUGAUUAUAUUAAUGCGAAUUACAUCGCGCCAGUGAUAAUCGCUGGGCUACUGUUGGAAUGGUUGGUGUCAAUGUCACAUAAUUUUCUUCACAAAGCAGAUAACUGGAGGAUGUAUACCGGAAAUUUGAGUAUGGCUGCGACUAGAGACAUGAGAACUUUUCAUAUUCUUUCACAUCACAUGUACCCAAAUACAUACGCAGACUUAGAAACGACUUUCUUUGAUCCACAUUUCAAAUGGAUUCCAGCAGAAGUAAAGGAUUUACAGUACAAAAUUCAGUCAAUUGCUGUUCAUGUGAACAUUCAUACGCUGUAUUUCUUCAAUAUGUUAAGGAUGAGAAUUCAGGGAUUUUUUUGGGGAACCGCCGAGACAUUCUACUGGGAUGAUCUUGUAAUGUUCAUCACACCAGCUUUAAUCUACACAACAGGAACUCAAUCAUCAGACAUAAUAGAAGUCAUUUUCAAAUGGCUUCAUAUAAUCAUCGCAGCUAGUGUUUUUCAUGUCAUCGGACUCAUCAAUCGUGGGCAUCAUACGACAACAACAAUCCAUCAAGGCGAUGAAAUCUUCACUUAUGAUUUUGGAGAAUAUCAAAUGAAUGCAGUUUGUGAUCGAUCAGGUGCCAAUAUGAACAUUUUCACGAUUUUGACACUUUAUGGCGAGCAAGUUUUGCAUCAACUUUUCCCAUCAAUUGAUGCUGCUGUCUUACCACAACUUAAGGAAACUUUGAUUGCAACUUGCAAGCAAUUUGACAUUGAAAUGAAAAAAUGUUCAUUAGUCGGUAGUGUGGUAGGUCAGUACAAGCAAAUGUUUAGAGACGAACUUUAUAUCGGUAAAAAAUAA